CCUCUGGCGCCCGCACCCCUCCACUUCUGGGUCCGGAUGCGUGCAGCUGGGUGGGAGGAUGCGCCGCACGGAGGCCGGUAGCGGCCAGUUCCCACGCCUCCCCACCUGUCUGGCUAGUGGCUGCGGAGGCCGAGGGGAGGCCGAGGAGCGGGAGAUGUUGGUGCCAGACCGGACUUUGUGGGUGUGAAUGUGGGCGCGUCAUAGGGACCCUCCCUCCGCGCCUUCCCGGGGCUGGACUUCAUGCUCCCAUUUUACAGAUGGGGGAGCAGAAACUUAACAACCAUCUAUUGGCGGGUCUGCAACGCCAGGUCUUCGCGCUGGAAACCCAGGCCUUGUUCCCCCCACAGCCCGCCACUCCUGAGGAUUAGGGACAAGGGUUUGAGUCCCUGCUCCCUACCUGGUGCUCGGUGGAUGGAUGAGCUUGGAGAAGCCAUGUGACAUGUACCUCUCUGAGCUGACUUCCUGGGCUGUGAAAUAGACACAGUACUUACCUAACACCCAUCUUGUUGUUAACGAGGUGGAGGUAUAAGCCUAGAAGCACUUAGCUCAGUGCCUCAGGCCUAGCAUGUGCUUAGAAAAAUAGCCGCUCUUCAUCUUUUUCAGCAAGUGUUUAUCGAGGGCGUAUUAUGUGCUGACACUGCUGGACGCUGGGGAUGCAAAGCUCCACUGGGGCCAUGUCAGAGCGGGAAGAGCGGCGGUUUGUGGAGAUCCCUCGGGAGUCGGUGCGCCUCAUGGCAGAGAGCAUGGGCCUGGAGCUGAGCGACGAGGUGGCGGCCCUGCUCGCAGAGGACGUGUGCUACCGGCUCAGAGAGGCCACCCAGAACAGCUCUCAGUUCAUGAAACACACCAAACGGCGGAAGCUGACCGUGGAGGACUUCAACAGGGCCCUCAGGUGGAGCAGCGUGGAGGCCGUGUGUGGGUACGGAGCCCAGGAGGCGCUGCCCCUGCGCCCCGUCAGGGAGGGUGAGCUCUACUUCCCUGAGGACCGGGAGGUGAACCUGGUGGAGCUGGCCCUGGCCACCAACAUCCCCAAAGGCUGUGCCGAGACGGCUGUGAGAGUUCACGUCUCCUACCUGGACGGUAAAGGGAACCUGGCGCCUCAAGGAUCGGUGCCCAGCGCUGUGUCUUCACUGACCGAUGACCUGCUCAAGUACUACCAGCAAGUGACUCGCGCUGUCCUGGGGGACGACCCACAGCUGAUGAAGAUUGCUCUCCAGGACCUGCAGACCAACUCCAAGAUCGCAGCGCUCCUGCCUUACUUUGUUUAUGUGGUCAGUGGGGUGAAGUCUGUGAGCCACGAUUUGGAGCAGCUGCACCGGCUCUUGCAAGUGGCCCGGAGCCUGGUUCGCAACCCGCACCUCUGCCUGGGGCCCUAUGUCCGCUCUCUGGUGGGCAGUGUCCUCUACUGCGUCCUGGAGCCCCUGGCUGCCUCCAUCAACCCCCUGAAUGACCACUGGACUCUGCGGGAUGGUGCCGCCCUCCUUCUCAGCCACAUCUUCUGGACUCAUGGGGACCUUGUCAGUGGUCUCUAUCAGCAGAUCCUGCUGUCCCUGCAGAAGGUCUUGGCAGACCCUGUGCGGCCUCUCUGCUCUCACUACGGGGCUGUGGUGGGGCUGCACGCCCUUGGCUGGAAGGCAGUGGAGCGCGUCCUGUACCCACACCUGUCCACCUACUGGACGAACCUGCAGGCCGUGCUGGAUGACUACUCCGUAUCCAAUGCCCAGGUGAAAGCGGACGGGCACAAGGUCUACGGCGCCAUUCUGGUGAGUGAGGCCGCCUUCCGGCGUGUCCUGGGCACCAGGAACGGCCCCACCUGGGGGCUCCCGGGCGUCCUCCCCCGGGUGUUGAGACAAAUCGGCGAGGCCCUGCCUUCGCCCGCCCCUGAGACCCGAGGUGCUGAGCUGCGCCCAGAGGACGCGGGGGGAAGGGAGCCGACCAGUGGCCAUUGGCCCAGAAAGGAACUGACUGCAAAUAGCUGCCUGGGGUGGCCAGGCCCAGGUUACCCCCGGCACCUGCCCGGAGCUGCAUCCCGCGGCGCUCCCCCGAGAUCAGCACUCAGCGGCUUCUCUCCGCAGGGCUCCUUCAGUGGCCGCUGUCCCCUGUAUGGCGUGGCGGCCUUGAACCGCUCCUCCCUGGCCUUAUCCAGAGGCUCAGCCCCCUCCCUCUGCUACUUUGUGGCUGGGGCCUCUGGCCUCCUGGCCCUCUACUGUCUCCUGCUUCUGCUCUUCUGGGUCUACAGCAGCUGCAUCGAGGACUCCCAAAGAGGCCGGAUAGGGCUCCGCAUUGCACUGGCCAUCUCGGCUAUAGCCACCUUCCUGGUCUUAGUGUCGGCCUGUGUCCUUCGGUUUGGCACCAGUUCUCUCUGCAACUCCAUCACCUCUCAGAACGCUACAAUUAGCUGCUCUGAAGCCCAGAAAAUUCCAUGGACACCCCCUGGAACUGCUCUGCAUUUUUACUCCAACCUACACAAUGCUGAAAAUUCUUCUUGGGUCAAUCUGGUAUUGUGGUGUGUGGUCCUGGUGCUCCAGGUCGUGCAGUUGAAGUCUGAAGCCACCCCAUACCGGCUUCUGGAGAGGGGGGACCCUGAAUGGAGCUCUGAAACAGAUGUCCUGGUUGGGCCACGCCUUUCCCCUUCCUGAAGAGCAAGCAAGCUGAGUGCUUCCUGCAGCCAUUGGCUCCCUGCCCAAGUGCCUGCAAUCCUCCUGCCCCCUUGGCCCUGUUAUGCUGAGAUCCUCAGUUCCCUCGAAGAGGGAAACAUGAAGACAGCCCCCCUCCACCUCUUCUUACAGCUGUUUUUGUACCAGAAUAUUAUAUGACUUCCUUCAUC